GCGGCAGGGAAGGUUUUCGACGGCGCACAUGUCUCCCCGCAGUGCAACGACUGUUGCAGCUUAGUCGGAAUAAAGCGGUUUAAAGUGUUUUUCUGCCCGUUUUGAGUUCGUAUUCGGGCUUGGGUUUGCACUGCUAUGCGCUGAGGUGUCGGUGGGGAACAGAAGAUGGAAGCGCGCUUCUCCAGAGAAGUGACGUCCCUGGUGGAAGUCUCCAUCCGCGCCGCCGCGGCGGUGCUGCGGGCCGCCUGGGCGGCCGAGGCGCCGGGCUCGGACCCCGGGCCGCUGGGGGACGUGGUGCAGCUGGAGGAGAUCCGCGGCAUCGCCGAGCGCCUGGUGGUCCAGCUGCACAAGUCGUUCGCGGAGUUCUGCUCCGACCUGUGCGACGAGAAUGAGGCUCUGCGCAUGCGCGUGCAGCAGCUGGAGGACGUGCUGCAGCAGAAAGCGGGGAAGCUGGAGCAGGACCUGGAGGUGCGGGUGGGCCGGCUGGGCCGGGACAUGGUGCUGCUGCAGAGGGAGAUCCAGACCUUCAGCCAGGGCCAGGGACCCGAGUUGGAGCAGGAGGACACGGGGGACACAGGAGAACCGGCAGCAUCAGUCUCCACCAGUGAGGCAGCACCAGACUGCGACGAGACGGAAACAUAUUCAGUGGAAGACGUCGAGGCGGCCUGCAACACUACUCCGGCUCUGGAUCCGACGCCGUUAGACAGCACGGUCCCCUCGGCUCCCACGGUGCUGCUGGUGGCCGUGGCCCCGCCCCCUGCAACGUCAUCACCGGUCUUUGAGGAAGUAGUCGUCUACAACGUGGCAGAGGCGGUUUCUUCUGAGUCCAUGCCUGAAGGCGUCAUCACUCUCGAUUCAGCGCAAGAAAAGGGAUGUUUGGAGGAAUCACCAGCAGUGUGCAAGCAGGAGGUGGCCGACGCCGCCGAAACAGACUCCCCUGAAAACAUCCCAGAGGAGAAGCAGGAUCUUCUAAAGCUGGAUCCCCUGCAGGGGAGGAGUCGGAGGAAUAUAAAGUCCCAGAGGGGGAAGCGGUUCUUCUGCGAGCACUGCGACUUGGGCUUCCACUGGAAAGGCGAGCUGCAGAAGCACAUGGCGGUGCACAAGAAGCCCUUUCCCUGCGAGCAGUGUGGCAAAGGGUUUCUCAAGAAGAAGUCCCUGGUGAACCACCUCCUGCAGCACAGCUCGGCCAAGGCGCCGCUGCCGUUCCCCUGUCCGCAGUGCAAGAGGUCCUACAGGAAGGAGGAGUCGCUGCAGAAUCACCUGAAGCGCCACCAGCAGCUGCGGCCGCCGAAGCCCUUCGCCUGCGACCAGUGCGGGAAGACCUUCAGGAUCAAGCCGUCUCUGGAAAACCACCUGGAACGCCACGAGAAGUGGAAGCAGAUGUUCAAGUGCCACCUCUGCGAGAAGAUCUGCAAGACGUCGGUGCAGCUCAAGUGCCACAUGGCCGUGCACUCGGAGGAGCGGCCGUUCAGCUGCGCCACGUGUGGGAAGGAGUUCAAGAGCAAAGACACGCUCCGCUUCCACCAGAUGGUCCACACCAGCGCCAAGAAGUACAAAUGCACCAUGUGCGAGGAGUCCUUCAAGUACGCCCACUCGCUGACGGUGCACAAGAGGAAGCACACGGGCGACAGCCCGUUCAGGUGCGAAGUGUGCAACCGCUCGUACCGGACUGGCACCACGCUGAAGCGGCACCAGGUGAUCCACACGGGCGAGAAACCCUUCACCUGCCACAUAUGCGGCGCCAGGUUCAACCUCAACAACAACCUCAAGCGGCAUCUCCGCAUCCACACGGGGGAGAAGCCGUUCACCUGCCAGGACUGCGGCAAGAGCUUCUCCGACAACAACAAGCUCAAGUCGCACAUGCUCAUCCACGGCGCCCGCAAGCCCUUCAUGUGCGACCUCUGCGGCAAGACCUUUCUGUUCAACUGCCGGCUGCAGAUCCACCAGAAGUACGUGCACGCCGACAGGAACCAGGAAUCGGACGCCGGCCAGACUUUCUUCCAGGCGCGGCGGCAGAACAAGUCGCUGGUGAAACCGUUCAGCUGCAAAAUAUGUCUGAAGGGUUUCAGCGCCGCCUGUUCGCUCCGGGUCCACGAGAAGGGCCACAGCGAGCACAAGGAGUUCAACUGCAGCACCUGCGGGAAGUCCUUCCACAACAAGUACUCUUUCAGCUACCACCAGCGGAGCCACUCGGGGGAGAAGCCAUUCGUCUGCGAGGUGUGCGGUAAGAGAUUCUUCCACACGUCAGCUCUGAAGCAGCAUGAGCGCAUCCACACGGGGGAGAAGCCGUACAAGUGCGACCAGUGCGGCAAGGCCUUCAGGACGGACGGCAACUUCUACCGGCACAUGCGCAUCCACACCGGCGAGAAGCCCUUCGAGUGCGUUUACUGUCACAAGAAGUUCCACCAAUCCAAUCAGCUCAAGUCCCACAUGCAGAUCCAUACGGGUGAGAAGCUGUACUCGUGCCAGCAGUGCGGCCGCGGUUUCUCCGACUCCAGGCAGCUGAAGAAGCACAGCUGUGACGGCUCGUAGGCCGCAAGGCGCUGCGCCGCUUCGGCCAUCACUGCAGCCAACUCGUCAGUUAACGUGAUGGCCAGUGCCUUUGUGCUCAACGUUUGACACAAAAAAUGACUUCAUCUUCAUCAUCAAUUAUUGCAUCAAAAUUCAUUUGUCACAUUUGAAUUUGCAUAAACUCUCUGAACUUGUUAUAAUAUUAAGGUUUGACUUAACAUUAGCUCAAUAACUCAUCUGUACUCUUGUGUAAGGGAUUAGUAAAGUUGUACUCGGCACACGUUACAGCGAAGCAUUGUUUUGAGGAUUGAUUUUCUUUUUUGAAGAAAAUGUGGCUAUUUAAGAAUCUGAUAUAAUGUAAAACCUGAAUAGAAAUAUUAAGGUGGGUGCUUUAGCUGUUUCUCUUCGCAGAAGACUCCCGAAAAAGUGAAUAUUAAUAUAUUUGUUUUUCUUUUCAAACAUUUUCUUUUGGAAAUUCAUAAUCUAACCACUGAAGGCAAAGAAGAUGUAAUUAAUUUUCAAAUUUCCAUCUGAAGCUGUAAAUGUAGUUUAUCAUGUACAGUUCUAUGUAUCAGGGCAAUCUUGUAAUUAUAAUUAUUUUCUUCCUAUUUUGCCAUUAAAAUCUUGAAAUGGUUAAAAAAAAAA